UUUAAAAAAAAGAAUCUGUCAAAUGUUUUACAAAAAAUGUUAAUUUGUUAAUCUAUUUAAAAUACCGUAUUUCUUUAAGUAAUUUUAAUAUAAACUUCCAUUCUUCACAAUAUUUAAAUAACAAUUAGUUGUUACUUGUCAAAAUGCUGCGAAAUGUUUUAUUACCUUUGUCACGUUCGAGUUUACAGGUGAUAACGGUGAGGCAUAAACAAAUAAAAGUGCCUAAAGUCUCAAAGAAAUUGCAGGCAGCUGCAGAAUCACUAGCGGCUAGAGGAUUUCUCCGUCCCAACAAACCCUGGGAUCCACCGAGCGACAUUGAGCCGACCGUCUUAGAGAUCUGCACAGAGAAUGGCCUGAGUAUGGAUGCAGAAUUCAUGUCAUUGAAAGUCAAGUUUACAGUCCUGAAUGCCUGCUUCCAGGAGACGGGGCACAGUGUACCCAACUCUUUGCUACAUAGCAUUGAGACUGUUGAGGACCUGUUGGAGUUCUACAAGACCCCAGUGGAUACUAAAACACCAUUUGAUUCUUUAAAGAAAAUGGACUUGCCCAAGAAUCUGCAUGUGCAAGAAGACUACGUCAGAUUCCAUCCUGACAAAGAUACUCUCUUUGACGGCCAGUCAGCGUUCCCCAAGAGUUCCACCAUUGUCUCUGGCUUGAAGACGAGGAAGAAGUAUGAGGGAUACUCCGCUAAGAGAUCAUGGCCUUAAGACAAUUGUUAUGUAAUAAUAGAUUUACGUGUUAGAUGUUUAAUAAAAAUGUUGAU